AUGAGCGGGGCGUACGAUGAAGUAGAUCUGGAGGAUAUGGAGUGGAGCGACGACGCGCGGGCGUACACGUAUCAGUGUCCGUGCGGGGAUUUCUUCCAAAUCACCCUGGAGGAGCUGCACGCGGGAGAGGACGUGGCGCACUGUCCGUCGUGCUCUUUGGUCCUGCUCGUGAUUUACGACCCCGAUGACUUACCGCCGUUGAAGGAGGCGGAGGCGUAG